UAAUGCAAUUUCAGUUUCUUGUCAGAAACAAGAACAAACAUAUCGUGAAUUAAUAACUGAUCCAGUUAUGUUCACAUCUGAAUAUAAUCAAGUUAUUAGCCAUUCAGCAUUACCAGUUGUAAAAGAUGAAUUGUCCAUUACACUAAAAAUAAAGGUUUUAAGCCAUGGUUCUAGUUGGUAUAACGGAAGCCAGCCGUACACUUUAAAACCAAGUGACUCAGCCCCGUACCUAGGUCUCUCGAUUACUGGCAAUAGUGACACUGGAAUUUCUAUGGAUGGUUAUGGAUUCUUACUUAACCGGUGUCUCCAAAAUAUUCAGCUUCAAUCUAUCAUAUUUAAUGAUGGUCCUUUAUAUAUUGGAAAGCACCUCAACCGUGAUGGGUUUACUGGAGAAAUUAG